GCGAAGCGCACUCUCUGCGAGAGCUCGAGCUCUAGGGACGACGGCGGCAGCACUGAUGCUGACGCUGGUGGCCUGUGCGGCACCGAGCUCACCACCCGUAGGCCUGCCCGGCUGCGUCACGUCGUGCGGGGACGUGGAGGUGCCGUACCCAUUCGGCAUAGGCCCGGCCAACUGCUCCCUGCCGGGGUUCAACCUCACCUGCGUCGACGACAGAGGCAGAGGCCAGGGCACCCCAAGGCUGCUCCUCGGCGUCGGCGACCUUGAAGUCAAAGGAAUCGGCCUCAAAAGCGCCCUCAUGACAGUCGUCUACAGCGGCGGCAUAGAGAUGAGCGGGUCCGACGCCCUCGAGGGCCGCGGCACCUUGUUCGGCGGCCUUCCGGACGACGGACCCUACAGGCUCGCCGGCCGUAACGAGCUCACCGUGCUGAGCUGCAACACGGCGGCCACGCUGAGGAACGGCGACGUCACCAUGAGCGGCUGCUUCACCUUCUGCCAUGAAAGCUGGAACCUUGAGCUGGCCAGCGGAUGCAACGGCAUGGGUUGCUGCCGCGCGCCCAUCGUCACCAACCCGUACGAGGAGGCGGAGGGGAUGCUGGUCUACGGCGGCUCCUACGACGUGCAGAUCAAAUGGUUCGGUUUCAACCACAGCGCCGACCUUCGGCUAGCUCCCGUGCACGUGCUGGUGGCGGCGCAGGGAUGGUUUGACCAGCACUUCGGCUCCGACGUGCUCUUCGAUAAUCCGCCCAACCUCGCAAGGAUGCCAGUUCCGGUGAUACUGGAGUGGGGGGUCGUUGGGGACAGCGCCGUACCGGACACUCACAGCGACCCAACAAGAGACUGCGGCCGAACAGGGCGUAGACGAGGCUAUACAUGCACCUGCAACUAUGGUUACCAAGGCAAUCCCUACCUACCCGACGGAUGCAAAGACAUCAACGAGUGCGAGGAUCCAGCAAAAAAUGGCUGCUUCGGUCGAUGUGUAAACAAAAAUGGAACUUUUGAGUGCGUCUGCCCUCCCGGUACCCAGGGCAACCACCAGAUGCCCGGUGGAUGCGUCAAUUCUUCCACGGUCACAGGAGAAUGCCAGAGGUUCUGCGGCCACAUUCGUGUGCCGCACCCGUUCGGCAUUCAGGGCACAGCUGCCGGGCCAGCGGCCAGUUGCUAUAUGCCAGGGUUCAACCUCACCUGUGACACCACAACCCACGGCGCCCCCCGGUUGCUCGUCGGCGACACCGGUUUCUUCCGAGUCAUCGAGUUUGACCUCCCAAACUCGGCGUUGCGCGUCGCACAUUCCGGCCCCAUUUUGAACAUCAGCUCCCAUGGUCCCGCGUUCUAUUUCGAGGGAGAAUAUACUGACGAUGGUUCUGAGCCGCGGAUCUUUGAACGCCGCGAGGCACCCUACUCACUGUCGACACGGAACGAGCUCAUCCUCAUGGGGUGCAACGCCAUGGCGAGUAUGUAUGAAGACGACCUUGACCAGAUCGCCAUCAGCGGCUGCGCCUCCUUGUGCCCGGACAACGUGACAGACAGCAGGUAUAUCGACGGGGUGCCAAGGUGCUACGGCACGGGAUGCUGCCAGGCGCGCAUAUCCAUGUCUACCAACGGCAUGCUGCCCAGCUUAGUGUCUUACGAGCAGAUCGACAAGAAGCGAAGCCCCAUGCCGGCGUACGUGUUAAUCGCAGAGGCAGGGUGGUUUGAUAGUCAGCAGAAUGUCUCAGGCAAGUCCCGGUCGGUAGCGGCGCAGGACGUCCCCAUGGUUCUGCAGUGGGAGGUCUUGUCACUACCAUCAGGCUUACCUAGACCUGACGCCAAAUUGCACCCGAAUUGCACUCACGAAGUAAGGCGACAACUCUGCAAGAGCGCGCAUAGUACCUGCAGAGCAGGAACAAGAGGCUACACAUGCCAUUGCGAGGAGAGCUACCAGGGCAACCCCUAUAGCCCCGGAGAUGAUGGGUGCAGAGCUCACCACGGCAUCCAAUUAACUACAGGUGCAUAUAUCGCUAUUGGAGUUGCUAUUGGGGCAGGACUCAUACUUUCGGCUCUCAGUGUUGUCUUCAUUUCCAACAAACUGAAACAUAGGAGAGCAAAAAUGUUGAAGUGGAAGUUCUUUGAGCAAAAUCGGGGGCGACUGUUGCAACAGUUGGUUUCACAGAGAGCUGAUAUUGCAGAAAGAAUGAUCAUACCCUUGGAAGAGCUGGAGAAAGCAACGAAUAAUUUUGAUAAAUCCCGUGAGCUCGGUGGUGGAGGGCAUGGUACAGUCUACAAAGGGAUUUUAUCAGACAAGCAUGUCGUCGCUAUCAAGAAACCGAAAAAGGUGAUACAAAAGGAGAUUGAUGAGUUCAUCAAUGAGGUUGCCAUCCUAUCACAGAUCAAUCAUAGAAAUGUGGUGAAACUCUAUGGUUGCUGCCUAGAGACAGAAGUCCCGAUGUUAGUCUACGAAUUCAUAUCCAAUGGAACCCUUUAUGACCACCUUCAUGCCCAGGGCCCAAGUUCAUUGUCAUGGGACAAUAGGUUGCGGAUUGCAACUGAGACAGCCGGAUCUCUGUCAUACCUUCACUCAACAGCUUCUGUACCAAUCAUUCACAGAGAUAUCAAAUCUGGUAACAUACUUCUGGACGAUUCUCUUACAUCAAAGAUAGCAGACUUCGGUGCUUCAAGAUAUGUUCCAAUCGAUAGGUCAGGUGUAACAACAAUGGUACAAGGUACAAGAGGGUAUUUGGACCCUAUGUACUUCUACACAGGGAGACUCACAGAGAAAAGUGAUGUUUAUAGCUUUGGAGUUAUGCUGGUAGAAUUGCUGACUAGAAAAAAGCCAUUUUCAUAUUUGUCUUCUGAAGGAGAGGGCCUUGUUGUGGAUUUUGCUACCUUGUAUGCUGAAGGAAAUUUGUCACAGAUAUUAGAUCCACAAGUUAUGGAGGAGGAAGACCAAAAUGUACAAAAAGUCGCUGCACUUGCAGUAGAAUGUAUAAAGUUAAGACGGGAGGACCGUCCAACAAUGAAACAAGUGGAGUCAAUACUUGGAAGCAUUCAAUCAGACAAACAACAUGUUCCAGAUACUACCUUGGACAAUGCACAUGGCGAUGGUAUCGCAAUGAAUUAUCCAUCAACUGCAGAUGGAAGUGAUGAAUCGGCCAGAAGAUAUAGUAUGGAAGAGGAGUUCAUGUUAUCUUCCAGGUAUCCUCGGUAGUUGUGUCUAAGAGUGAGUUAAACAAACUGAAUUCCCUAUUUAUUUAACUUGUAGUGUUGACCUCCUGGAUACUCCCCCUAGUGAUGUAUAUACUGUGUGAGUGCAGGUACCACUAGUCAUCAGGUCGUGCACAAGCACGGGGUAGUAACUUUUAUCUAUAAUUACCACAUGUAUGUAUUUAUGGUCUCAUUUUUUUACUUGAUACAUUUAUGGUCUUUUAAUGCGUUAGUAAAGUGGACGAACAUACUGACUUGCUUA